GUGUGGUGUGUGGUGUGUGGUGUGUGGUGUGUGGGGUGUGGGGUGUGGUGUGUGGUGUGUGUGGCCAGGACUCAGGAGGGGGCGUUUGGGUAGGGUAGGUUUGACUUGAAUCUUCUCUUGAAGGGGUGGGGAAAGGAAAGGAAAGGAGGUGUAUGAAUGUAGAGUACUCUACUCUAUGUAUGAUAUGCAUGGACGUGUGUUGCGUGCGUGUGUGGGAUGUGUGAACGAACGAACGAGUUCGGGCGGGUGCGACAGUUGCAGUUGCAGAGAAAGGGACUCACUCCCUCCCGUUAGCAUGGUGUCUGUUUGGUGUCUUGUUUCUGUUUGGUUCACCGUUCCGGUCACGACGACGACGACCCUGACGUUCUAUCUCUCUCUCUCGAUCGUGACAAUUAUUGCUUGCGGAAUUUGGGGGCGGGCGCGCGAGUGAGUGAGCGGUUGCUUCAGGAUAUGAUCUAUGUAAUUCCCCACUCCCGUACAGGUCUGAGGAGUACUCUACCGUACUAGGUAUAGUUGCUCCUAUUAGAGGGUGGUUUCGGUUGUUCGUGGGAUGUUCGCCGUGCACACUGGACGGUGCUGGUGCUGGGUUCGACGGCCAUAGCCCCGAGCGGUGAGUGCGAUGGGCUGUGUUGACUCUUGAGGAUACUCUGCUAGUAUCUUCAUCGAUAUGUAGAGGGAUAGGUGAGUGCUACUACGACUACUACGAC